AUGACCCAAGGUAUACCUGUGGUGCGGAAGGAUUGUGACUUCUGGAUUGCGGAAGUUGGUAUUAUGGUUGUUGACUCGAGGGUUAAUGGUACUGGAGUAGACAAAUACACGUGUGAUUACAUUCAGGGGCCGAGGGCAGGAAGGCUUGAUAUUCAAGAGCCGUCACCGUCUCGGAAUCUUCCCACACGCAACAAGGACCACCCGCCGUCCUUCAACGGCUGCUACCAGAAGGAUUUCACGCCUCAGGACCUCUUCUCCUCCACGAUCCCUUGCCCGACAGCUCACAACUUCACCACCAAAGAGAUUGUUGCCAGGAUCUCCGUCACCUUCGGAAACUUGAGCUGUGAACUACCGAAGAUUAUACAACGAUUAAGUUAUACCACAAGACUGACGGCUGAGCUGUACUACGUGAGGGAAGGUGUUGUCAACGACUAUGCCAUGAACUGGAGGGUGCCAGUGCCAGCCGACGUCCACAGACUCUACUUCACCUGGGUGGCACUCGACAAGAAACCCGUGCUGUACAAUAUGGCUAUCUGGAUGAACGAGACAGAGGUGGUUGGAUCGCCGUCUCCGCUGGCCAUGCCAUCAGUCAACGUGUCGCUGACGGGCACCGUGCCCACAGCGCCCGCCACCUUCAGGCUGGACUUGCCCUGCACGGGUCUGGCCAGCGCCGAGGUGGACGUUAUCUUCAACAUCAACGUGACGUCACCCAGACCUCGACAGCCUCCCACCGUCCUGUACUUCAAGCGUCGCAAGAUCUGUUUUGAAGGUCAGUCAGCUGAGAUGUACGCGCCACACCUGGGCCCGCUGGGUGAGAGAGGGGACGCCCUGCCUGUUGUGUACUACGUGGUGCCGGCCCUGGCGGGACUCACCCUCGUCGUCACCAUCAUCAUCAUCGUCGCCUACAUCAGGAGGAGGAGGCUCAAGAGGGACAGAGACCCCAGGAUCCUCGGCAUUAACGACCUGGGAGUGAAGGCUCGACCCAUGACCAACUCGACGCUACUGAGGGCCGCCACACCUAACAACAACACCUACACCUUACCAUCCUCCGUCACCAUCAACUCCUACGCCUCUCUUCGGAAGCUUACUACCCCCAUCACACCCCUCACGCCUCUGACUCCCGCCCACGCCCACAACCAUGUAUCCACAACGGCCUCCCUCACACCCUGUAGCAGAGAGAGCGGCAGCAGGGAGGUGUGUGAUUUAAGCAGAGACAGCGGCAGCAGAGACACAUGCCAGUCGUCAAGUUCACUCAGUCGCUCGGAGGUGAUUGUCGACCCCUCGGCCGCUGAGCUCCAAGAAAGGUUUAGGCAAAUGGAGGUGGAGCGUCAGCGGGUGCGUCUUACCGCCGUAGCUCACGAGGGCUCCUUCGGGCGGGUGUUCCGUGGAUGGAUCCAGCGUGACCGGCCGGAACAAGACCAACAGGUGCUUAUCAAGACGGUGACGGAGGGCGCCCCACACGAUGAAGUGGUCGCCCUCUACCGGGAAGGAACUCACCUCUUCAAUCUCUAUCACAGGAAUGUCCUCACCAUGGUCGGCAUAUCCUUCGCUGAUAACUCCUCACCGUUCCUCAUCUACCCCUUCCAUGGGUACCACAAUCUUAAACAGUACCUGCAAGAACACCGAGGCGGGCACCUGAGGGCGGCAGAGUUGGUGGAACUGGCGGUACAGGCAGCCCACGGUCUCUCCUUCCUCCACACCGCUAACGUCCUGCACGGUGACCUCGCUGCCAGGAACUGUGUGGUGAGCGAGAAGCUGCAGCUACGCAUUACGGACGCAGCGCUUUCCCGAGACCUCUUCCCGACAGAUUAUGAGUCUGUCGGAGCCGAGUUGGCCAGACCCAUCAAGUGGUUGUCUUACGAGGCGAUCACCGACAGAGUUGUGUCCACCGCCAGUGACGUGUGGUCCUACGGCGUCCUCCUGUGGGAGUUAACGACCUUAGCGCAGCAGCCCUACGUGGAGGUGGCGGCGUGUGAGAUGGGGGAGUACUUGAGGGACGGCUACAGACUGGCUCAGCCCUUGAAUUGCCCCGACGACCUGUAUAAAGUGAUGGCGUUCUGCUGGGCCAUCCAUCCUCACGACCGACCACACGCUAAGCUUAUCCUUGACUACCUCGCCGCCUUCCAUCAACAGCUCAACAGUUUUAUCUGAUACAUGGAGGCCGGUGGUGGUGGUGGAGGAGGAGGAGGUGCGUCAGCUAACUCCACUGGUGCUAAGAAGUCCAAGACGAAGAAGAAGGAUGCGAAGAAUGAAGAUGGGAAGAAGAGGGAUGGAAAAGGUGAAGAAGGCAAGAAGAGAGAAGGAAGGAAUGAAGAUGGGAAGAAGAAGAGUAAAGAUAAUAUUCUGGAAGUUAAGAAGAGAGAGAAGUAAAACGGACCAUGGUUGUGUUUAUAUGUGACGCAGCUGAUAGGUAAAGAAAGGUGGAAUUAAAAGAAUCAGGAAAAACUCAAGUUCGUAAUACAGUAUAACACAGACGUGAUAUCCAUAUUUAUGGGAUUGAAACCUUUAAACAGAAAAAAAAUACACGAUCCCAUUCACAGUGUUGAAACAAGUCAUUAAUGUCGUGUCAUGCUAAUUAUUGACAAGUUCUUCAGGUGUUCUUACAGGUAUACGUAAAAAACCAGAUAUGCACGUAGAAAAAAUGGAAAUUGAAUUGUGAUAAAUUUUAAAAGUCAAGAAAGGGCAAAGAACAGACUUAAAGUGAAAAAGUGCAAUUGUUAUGAAACUUAAAGAACCUGAAUCAAGACAUCAGUUGGACAGUAAGUUUAGCGAUACAGAAUAAGAGAAACCAGGAUAAAUAGAUUUACUCUCUAACUGUAUAGAAAAUUCGUCAAAAAUCCCCCCCAACAAACACUGUAUAACAAAAUGCUCAAACUCUUUAAAUUCUCUGACUAAUGGCCAAAAAACAGUAAAAUUCACACCAUAACGAAACGGAACACAAGGCUGGUAGAAAACGUCAUGCUCUCACUCCCCCGGGAACCCACAGCACCAGCCAGCCAAGAGGACGUUCAGCUCAGAGGCAGCGACAGCGGUACUUGGUGUCUCCCGUUACCAUCACCUGUAAAUUUCAACCACUUAAAUUAUUGAUAAUAUUUUAAUUAAAUGAUAGGAUCUCGUGUUUUGCAUUAGUUUUUUUUAAUAUAAAAGUCAAUAUUAAUGAAAAAAUUACAAACUCUGAUACUAAGUUCCUAAUUUUUUUUGUAUGUGUACUGCAAAAGUUUAUUGGAAUAUUUUGUUUAAUCGACGAGGAAAUACCAAGACAGGCAGCCGCCCGUUUAUAUCACAUACAAACAAUGGUGACGUCAGGUGAACAACAAUACUAAGACUUACUUUUAUAUUUGUGUUGUUGGGGAAUAACUUGGUGUUGAUUUAAGAAUGAAUUUACACGAAAACUUUUACAUAUAAGAUAAAUGUUACUUUUUUUUUUAAUAGGAGUAGAAUUUAUCAGUGGUGGGCAGAAGGGAAGAUUACUUUUUGAUAUAUACACAGAAAAUAUUACUAAGAACUCUCAAACUUUAACUCGGAAAUAUAUGUCAAUGAUUCCGGAAUAAAAUUAAGUAUAAAAAAAAAUUGACAAAAUAGUUUUGAAAAGUCCUCUCUUUUUAAACCUUCCAGCGAGAGCAUUGCCACUCAACCAUGUGUGUUCAUAGUCAUAAUUUUGUAUUUUCACGUACACUUAGAAAUGUAAUAUUAGACGUACACUACAUACAUACAUACAUAACAGGUUGUGUACUUCACCAUUAUUACAUCUCUCGAAACUGUUCACUAGUCAUUUAGCUUUUGUAUGUUGUAAGUUCUGGUCACAUUUGUACAGUGCAGCUUCUUGGCUAACACUUCCCCCUCCCAUAUCGUGUCCCUCGUGCCCUCCUCCUCUUUCUGCUAUUUAACACAGAGAAAGAGUGAAAAACAGCGACCCUCUAUCCCUUGACGGUAGUGCAGUUAAGGUUUAUUCUCGUCACUAAACAGCUCGGGGUGACAGACCUCUUAGCUAUGGUAGAAGGAACAAUGUCGCUAUUUUUCCCUCACCGUUAAUGUUCUUUUGAUGUGUUAAAGACAAGCUUCCUAGGGUUGAUAAGUGAGUUUUUGUAUUCUCCUUCCUGUGUGUUGCAGGAUAUUGUUGUGAUAUUUCUGGUACGAUGUUUGUAUCCUACGUUAGGAACAAACUGGUGCAAAGGCCCAUGUAUAUACUAGAAUUAUUAUUAUUAUUAUUAUUAUAGUCAUUAUUUUUAUUUUUAUUAUUAUUGUCAUUAUUAUUAUUAUUAUUAUUAUUAUUCGUGAAACUUGAUUGGAUUAUUAAUUUUUAUUUGCAGUGGUGUCUUUUUUUUUUUAGUUGAUGUUCGUUGUGAAUAAACUUGUAACUCAAUAUUUUGAUAUUACAAACAUACAUACACUCAACAUUUAGCAUCUAGUUAACCCUCUAAUACCAACACUGCCGCUGGUAUUAUUAUCAUAUGUUGAUGUAAAUGGUGUUCAAUAUAUUUUUGUUUAUAAUUAUUUUUAAAUGUUACAAUACUAAAAAAAAAAAUAUUGCAUCAGUCACCCCUAAAAUGAAACUACCAUGGGGGAAAUGUACUUCUUUUAUGUACUAAAGGAAGUAAUGUUAUCUUGAACCUAACCAAACUAGUCCAGUACACCAUUAUGUUAUCUGUGGUUAGGUCAGGGUAGCUAUAUCAAACCAAAGAUGAAGUACAGUAUACGUCUUUUUGUCCAAUCCAACAUAAAUUUUGUCCAAUCCAACAUAAAUUUUGUCCAAUCCAACAUAAAUUUUGUAAGACUGAUCUGGAUCGUCCGGUAAGCAUGUUGUCUCACAGGUACAAACAACAAUAAUGUACACAGGUAAAUCCACCUCUCGGUACCAAGAUUCGAACCCUGGGCCUGACUAACAACCUUGAGGGCCCAGAGCGGCGUAUAAUGGAAAGGGUGUUUGCUCCUGUAUGUGUAUAUAUAUAUGUGUAUUAUUGUACAUUGAUUGUAUAUAAUUAUAUUUGUAUAGUUUAUGUGAGUCAGAGAAGAAUAAAAUGAUGCUACACUUA